UCACCCAGCCCUGGGACUGGAACACACUGCUCUCACCUGAGCGCAGCACCACACGCACACAGACACACGGGCAGAGCGAGAACCUGCUGGACACCUCAUCCCCGGUCCCUGAUUGACUGCGUGUUGGAUGCCAUGAUGCUUGGGAGAUGGCCGAGACCAACUGCCCUCCCCCUCGUCUGCCUCCUGCUGCUCAGCCUGGCCACCCAUGGUGUCCGUGGGCUGUGUGAGACGGGCAGUGCCGACGAGUGCCAGGCAGCGGCGUUUGUGCCUGGCGCGCAGCUGGCGGGGGAGGGCUACGACGUGGUGACCCUGCGGACCACCGGGGCCUUCGUGGUGGACGUGGACACCUGGCGCGCGGCCAACGGCAGCUGCACGCUGUGCCGCAACGAGCUGCUGGACGGCGCGCGGCAGCGGCUGCCCCUUGCGCUGGCAGACUGGCGCGCCCAGAGCUCCUGCUCGCGCGCCCUCUCCAGCCAGCUCUACCGCUCGGCCGCCGAGCUGGUGAAGACCGCCAGCUCCGCCCUCACCAACGACUGGCGGGCGGACCUCCACCUGCCGCUCCGGCCCAACGCCGGCGCCCAACUGGUGCUGGCUGGCUCCCGGUCCAAGGUGGUGACGUUUGGCGCCACCCGCGCCAGGAGCGACCGCUACGGUUUCACCAGCCAGGGGUUCCAGUGCCGCUACUACCGCUACCGGGUGCGGGAGCAGCCCCCCCUGGCGCCCGACUUUGCCCGCUCCCUCGCCCACCUGCCUGGCGAGCUGACCGAUGCCAGCCGCCCCCUCUACCGCCAGCUGGUGGCGGCGUACGGCACGCACUACCUCCGCUCGGUGGAGCUGGGCGGGAGCCUGCGGGAUGUCACCGCCUUCCGCACGUGCCAGCUGGCGGCAGGGGGCCACACGGCCGAGGAGGCGAAGGACUGCCUGGCACUGGAGGCCACCGCCACCGUGGAAGGGGUGGUCCAGGCCGGGGCCGGCUUCAACCGCUGCCGGGAGAUGGCGCGGGCCUUGGGGGGCGCCGCCAGCGUCCACCAGGCCUUGGGCGACCGGGAGACGGAGGUGAAGGGUGGGCGCGCCCAGCAGGGGCGGGACCUCUUCUUCGGCGGCGGCGCCGCGGUCUUCACCCGCUGGGCCGACAGCCUGCCCGCCCACCCGGGCGCCGUCAGCUACGCCCUGGCCCCCCUGCACCACCUGCUGCCGCCGGGCCACCCCGCCCGCGUGAGCCUGCGCCGCUACCUGGAGGAGUACGUGGGCGCCAACGCCCUCCUACGCCAGUGCGGCCAGGCCGCCCCCUGCCCCCCGGGGUCCUACCGCGACCCGCGCCGCCCCUGCUCCUGCCUGUGCCCGGAGGGCGGCGGGUUGGACCGGAGCUGCUGCCCGGGGGAGAAGGGGCUGGGCCGCCUGGUGGUCACGGUCAAGGAAGGCCGGGAUCUCUGGGGUGACACCUUCUCGGGCACCGACGGCUACGUGGUGGUUAAGUACGGCCAGGCGCAGGCCAGGACGCCCGUGGUGUGGGACAACAACAACCCCAAGUGGGACGCCAAGCUGGACCUGGGCACCGUGCGGCUGACCAGCGGGCACCGCCUGACCGUGGAGGUGUGGGACAGCGAGAAGUUGAGCCGUGACGACCUCCUGGGGUCCUGCCAGUGCCCCCAACUCGCCGCCGGCGCCCGCCCUAGCGUCUGCUACCUCAAGUACGGCGCGGUGACCUACGCGGUCUCGCUGACCUGCCUCCCGCACCUAGGGGGCUCCACCUGCCAGGAUUACGCCCCCCGGCCUGACAGCGCGGCCUUCGGCCCGCUCCUGCCUGCCGCCCGCCCCAGCGGCACGCCCCCCCUCGCCGUGGUCUACCCUUGACCCUAUCUCCCGAGCCCCUGCCGCGUCACCACCCAAGUGCAGCGUCCCACCCUCACCUCCCCAAAGCAGCUUUUGGGGCACCCGUACGCCAUGGCAAGCCUUGCGCUCGCCACCAACCCCCCAUGCUCUCAGGGAACCCUGGUGGUGUUUCGCAGCCCCUCCCCCCACUCUUCAGCUCAAGCAUGGUAUUGUCCAAUUGACCCUCUGUGUGAACUUUAUCUUUUCGAAUAAAUGUG